AUGGAGACCGUCAAGAACGCCGCCAACUACGUCGCCGAGACCGUCCAGGGCACCGGUGCCGAGGCUUCCAAGGAGGCCAACAAGAACGUCGCCAAGGACAACGAUGCCAGCAUUGGCACCCGCGCCAGCGCCGCCAAGGAUGCCGUCUUCGACAAGAAGGAUGAGGUUUCCCACGACACCAAGGCUGAUGUUCACAAGGAGGCCGCUAAGCACUAA